AGUGAGCGUUCAUCAGACUCCCUACAGCUCAAAUGCCUGUUGCAAACUACUGAAAUACUGCAGAGUGGUGAGUAUUAUGAGUAUAACUAGUCCAGUUAUGUCGACACAGUUUGCGGUGUUCGCUGUUCUUAUUAUUCUGAAGGUCCUCAUCUCUCUGGCUCAAGCCGAAGUGUAUUACCACGAUUUUAUAGUUAAGGAGGUAAACUUCACUAGAUUGUGUGAAUCAAAGCUCAUGUUAGUAGUAAACGAGAGUUAUCCAGGUCCUGCAAUACGAGCUCGCAAAGGGGAUACAAUUUAUGUUAAUGUUUACAAUCAAGGGUAUUAUGGUUUCACCAUUCACUGGCAUGGAGUGAAACAACCAAGAAAUCCAUGGUUUGAUGGUCCAGAAUAUGUGACACAAUGUCCAAUCUUACCGGGGACAAAUUUUACCUAUCAAGUUCAGUUGAGCACAGAAGAAGGAACACUAUGGUGGCAUGCUCAUAGUGAUUGGACUAGAGCAAGCGUUCAUGGUGCCAUUGUCGUCUUGCCUGCUCUUGGAACAACAUUUCCAUUUCCUGAGCCUGAUGAAGAGGAGAUCAUUGUGUUUGGAUCUUGGUAUUUGGGUAAUUUGAAAGAACAGGUUGACGAGUGUUUGGAACCUGCAACUAACUCUAACUUACCCAUAGCAGCAGGUUACACAGUAAAUGGCCGCCUUGGAGAUUUCUCUCCAUGCUCCAAAAAUACAACUUAUCGUCGUAAGGUGGACUACGGCAAGACAUAUCUUCUACGGAUAGUGAAUGCAAACAUCGAUGUAGAGUUUUACUUUGCCAUUGCUGAACACAACCUCACUGUGGUUGGUUUGGAUGGCUCCUAUGCCAAACCCAUUAACACAGACCUUAUAGUGAUAGCCCCUGGACAAACAAUGGACGUGUUGCUCAACGCAAAUUCGACUCAGGGGAGAUAUUAUUACAUGGUCGGAAGAGAAUACUUAAGUGCUACAGUUGACACAGCAUCUGACGAUGAUGCUAUUGCAAUCCUUGAAUAUAAUGGCAACUAUACCACUUCAGAAGCUCCUUUAUUUCCUGAACAGAUUCCCGAUUCCUUAUCCCAAGCACCAGCACUCAACUUCUACAGAAAAAUUAGAAGCUUAGCUACCCCAGAAUAUCCUGUAAAUGUUCCAAAAGAGAGUGACGUUACUACCAGAAUGUACAUAACAGCUUCGGCCAACGCUCUUUACUGUACUGAAGAUUUAGGUCCUACAUGCUUCAACAUAUCUUUUGCCGCAAGCGUCAAUAAUAUUAGUUGGGCCAAUCCAUCAGAAUCCAUCUUGCAAGCCUACUACAAGAACAUAAGCGAGCCGGUUUACGAAACAGAUUUCCCAGACGAGCCACCAGUUUAUUUCAACUUCACCGAAAUAGCCAUGACACUAGAUCCAGUGUUAACAGUCCAAGGGACAAAGGUGAAGGUGCUAGAGUAUAAUGAAACAGUUGAGAUGGUGUUUCAAGGCACUGAAGUGAUGGGAGGUUCUGUAAAUCAUCCAAUGCACUUGCAUGGACAUAGCUUUUAUGUGCUUGGUUUUGGUUAUGGGAAUUACUUCGCCGAGAGGGACUCAAAAACCUUUAAUCUGAUUGAUCCUCCUUAUGUAGCAACAUUCAUCACUCCAAAAAAUGGGUGGUUAGCUAUCAGAUUCGUAGCGAAUAAUCCAGGUGUGUGGUUUUGGCAUUGUCAUAUGGAGAGACACUUGACAUGGGGUAUGGAGUCUGCUUUUAUAAUCAAGGACGGGGGUACACCUGAGACUAGCAUGCUCCCUCCUCCGGCUACAAUGCCUUCCUGUGACGUUCCAUUGGAUUCUGCUACUCUCCCAAGUAACUCGGAAUUGAAUAAGAAUCAAAUAGAGUAAUUGAUGAAUUAAUGAUUAUGUCUUCAGUUGUACUGUUUAAUUUGAUAAAACUCGCAU